AUGUCUUUGCAAACACCACUAUGUGACCUAUUGCACAUCCAACAUCCCAUCCUCUUGGCUGGCAUGGCCCGGGCCUCUGGAGCAGCACUUGCGGCCGCAGUAUCUAACGCUGGCGGUCUUGGAAGCAUAGGCGGCCUAGGAUACACCCCAGCACAGCUAGACGAGAUGCUCACCGAGCUCAAGUCACUACUUCGAGACCCAGAUCUACCCUUCGGUGUCGAUCUCGCUCUUCCGCAGGUCGGCGGCGGCGCGCGUGCGACAAACCAUGAUUACACACAUGGCCAGCUUGAUGAGUUAAUCGAAACGACCAUUCGACAUGGCGCAAAGCUUUUUAUUUCAGCUGUCGGAGUGCCGCCAGAGCGCACUAUUAACCGUCUCCACGAGGCCAACAUCCUGGUUAUGAACAUGGUAGGCGCGCCGAAACAUGCGGAGAAAGCGCUGCAGCGCGGUGUAGAUAUCAUCUGCGCCCAGGGCGGAGAAGGAGGCGGGCAUACCGGUGACGUACCGUUCUCCGUCUUGAUUCCUGCCGUUGUCGAUGUUGUGCAGAAGCACAAAAGUCCUCUCACAGAAAAGACCCCCUUGGUUGUUGCUGCUGGGGGCGUGAAUGAUGGCCGGAGUCUGGCAGCCUCGCUUAUGCUAGGCGCCUCCGGCGUCUGGGUUGGUACUCGCUUCGUCGCUACGACGGAAAGCAGCGCAAGCAAGUUUCACAAGGAAGCGGUGAUUUCAGCAGGGUUUGGAGAGACGAUCCGUACGCUUGUUGUUUCGGGCAGGCCGCUACGUCUCUUGCCAAAUGACUAUAUCAAAGAAUGGGAGCGGCGGCCACAGGACAUUCAGAGACUAACGGAUCAGGGCAUCGUUCCGAUGAUGCAUGAUAUCGAAAAUAAUGAGAACAGGGAUAUUGAUUUCCCAUUUCUGAUGGGAAGCGUCUCGGCUAUUGUUAGAGAAAUCAAGCCGGCAGGGGAUGUUGUUGCUGAGAUGGUUAGCGAUGCUAUCGAAGUGUUGCGACGCGGUCAAACAUAUAUCAAGGGAGGUGAAAGCAAGCUAUGA